UGUUUCUUUCCUGUCACAGAAAUGGUGGAAUCAAUGAAGAAGGUAGCUGGCAUGGAUGUAGAGUUGACGGUUGAGGAAAGGAAUUUACUGUCUGUGGCCUAUAAAAAUGUGAUUGGAGCACGGAGAGCGUCCUGGAGGAUAAUCAGCAGUAUUGAGCAAAAGGAGGAAAACAAAGGUGGAGAGGACAAACUCAAAAUGAUCCGUGAAUACAGAAAAACGGUUGAGGAUGAACUGAAAUCAAUUUGUAAUGACAUUCUGGAUGUACUGGAUAAACACCUCAUUCCUGCUGCCAACACCGGAGAGUCAAAGGUUUUCUACUAUAAAAUGAAAGGUGAUUACCACAGGUAUCUGGCAGAGUUUGCAACAGGGAAUGACAGGAAGGAGGCAGCAGAAAACAGCCUGGUUGCAUACAAGGCGGCUAGUGAUAUUGCAAUGACAGAACUUCCACCAACACACCCCAUUCGCUUAGGCCUUGCUUUGAAUUUCUCUGUAUUCUACUAUGAAAUUCUCAACUCUCCUGACCGUGCCUGCAGAUUGGCAAAGGCAGCAUUUGAUGAUGCAAUUGCGGAACUGGACACCUUGAGUGAAGAAAGCUACAAGGACUCUACACUCAUUAUGCAGUUGUUACGUGACAACUUGACACUAUGGACUUCAGACAUGCAGGGAGAUGAUUCCUAAAGGAUAUGAACCAUUCAUUCCCCCUGUAAACUGUACUUUGUGAGGAACCGUGUAAAGAUGUGGUGCAAGAUGUUGAUGACGACAAUCAGUGAGAAGACAUGGCGAAUGAGAAGACCCUGUCUGCCCCUCUCCUGUCCCUCCCUACAGUCCUAGUCCAAGCUGAGAACCAGUAAAUUUGAUGUUGGUGCUGGACCUCAGAAUUAGCUAUGUGCCCAUUUGGGUUCCGAGGAUUAUUUUUGUUUUUUAUUUUAUUUUUUACUUGGUUAAAAUAAAAUCUAAAAGCAAUGCUGUCUCUCUAUGGAUGUUUAACUGGGACCUGCUUUCUUGACUAGCUACCAUAAUUCUUUGGAAAUUGUUUUGAAACAACUGUUCAAUUCUACUUAAUGCAGCUUUAUGAAUAGUUCAUGCCUGCACUUUUUUUAACCACUUGAGAUCUGAGCAUUCAAUUUUAAUUGCUGGUUGGUCAUGAAUUGCAAAGAAUGACAACCGAACCAGUGUGCUGUGAGCACCACCCUCUGCCCCCCAAAAAAAACCCUUUUAAGUGUGUUGUGCAUCUUGCACACCAAAUCUUCUUAGCGACUGCAUGCUGUUGGUUUGCUUAUUUUUAUUCCCCAGAAAAAAUACUUGCAGCGAUUAGUGUGGCUAAACAAAUAAAACUGUAUUUGUGAGCAGUUAAGUAGCUUGCUCUGAAAGUCUGUGAGCCUGAUGUGCAGUGUUUUUCUUCAGUGCUUUUGAUCCUAAGGAUAGCAGAUGACAGUUACAAUCCAUAGAUAGUCCUUUGCUGUUUUUUUGUCCAUCCUGGCAGAGCAGGUCGUGUUUGAGCUGCUGUUGAAGCCUGCAUGCUUAAAACAAGUUUUGGUUUUUUCCUACCCACUCCUCCUUUUUCUCCCUACCCCUUCUCUUUCUCUCUUUGUUCAGUAUGUGUAACUUGAAGCUAAUUUGUACUACUGGAUAUAUCUGACUGGAGCCACCGAUACAGAUCUGUAUCCUUCUUACUGAAACACAGCAUGGAUUAAUAUUAAACUUAAAUAAAAGAACCUAAAUUAAGAUCUCUUGCUGUUUAUCCUGUCUGUGACUCUGCGUUGCCUGUUUGUUUUACAGACUUUGAAAAGAGAACACAGUGAUUAGGAAGAUUAAAUGAAAGGAGGAGUGUUGCUGUUCAGUAUAUUACGAAUACUCUUGAUUUUGGUGCCAGAAUUGGAAGCAAGAUUGUAGGGAGUGAGAAAAGUAAGAGAACCUUUUUGGUGUUAGUUAAACUGACUUGCAGAAAAUAUUCUUUUGGAAAGUUGGUAUUAGCUGGCAGUAGUUUUGGUCAUUGGUAUAAUUUGAAGAAUCCAGUGCAGCCUAGUCUCCUCCACUACAUCCUGGCUAUUGUACCAGGUUGAUUUUUGAGAUGAAGCAAUUAUUGUCCUCUCCCGAAACAAUUAGUUGGUUUUGCUUUCAGUUUUACUGAUGUCAGCAAUCGUUUGCUACUUUACCAAAAAUUCUGAAGUGUAUAAAAUGGAGCAAGUUUUGUCCUUGUCCCAGGCAGUUGCACCAUCUCUUUAGCAAUGCUAUUCGAUAGUAAUUGAAUGGGUUACCUUCUUUCCUUAGCUUAGGAAUCUCAGUGGAUUUAGCAGAACUUCAGCCAAAACCUCAAUAUCCAGUGACCAUUUAAUGUCUGAGGUAAUGAUCCCUUCAAUCAGACACCAGCUGGAAAACAUGUUCAAAAACUUGAGCAGAAUCUUGCCCCUGAUCUGUCUGCAUUGGAUUGUCCCUCUAGGAAUUGUUUAUGAAUCUGAGCUACCAAAUCAAAUACAAUAAGUACAUAUCACACAUUUGAUAAAUUACAAAUGCUUAUUUUCCCCACUAAAUCAAUCUAUUGUGAAGUAACUGUCAAAUAAUUGCUGAAAAGAAAGGAGGAGCACUGAUCUUGGAGUGGUACUGCAAGGACUAUAGAUUACAACAAUUAAAGCUGUGAUUAAUUUUUCAGCAAAAUGUCUUCAAAGGAGAGCAGGUCAGUUAAUGGUUGGAGACCCCUUCCUUACAGCCUGCGAAUAAGCUGUCUCCUUGAUGAGUUGUUGGAAAAGCAGCCCAGGAAAAAUAAAGCAAGUGCAAGCAACCAGACUAGAGAACAGAAUGGAGAUUUGAGAGCCCAGCUGAAAUAAAGUCAAAAGAUACUGGUUGCCAAAAUGUAUGUGUAGUUUUGAGAAUGAUGGUAGUCACCUAGCAAGGGCAAUGUUGGUGGAGUGUUUCAAUACUUAAGGUUUUAAAGCAAAUAGUGUGGAAAAAAUACCAGCGAACCUUUCAGCUAGAGAUCACAUAAUUAGUAAUCAAUGAUCUGAGUAUUAGUCUAUUUCAGCUGAGUAGCAGACAUAAAUAUCAAAAUACUCAGUAAAUGGAGGAGCAAUGCUAGGUAGAUGGAAAAUUGAAUUUCUCUCAAUUUGAGUGGUAUACUAGAUAAUUGGUAACUAAAUUAUUAUUUAAGAGUUGAACUCUGAAUGAAAGCUGUAGACCAGUAAAUUUAAUAUCAAUGGAUCGUAUUUGGAAGAUGGCUAUGGGUAUAAAGCAAGGCUCGAAUGCAACAUCAUUCUAGGAAAGAACUACUGGUGUUAGAAGAUAAUUUGAUGUGUAGAUCAGGAAAGUGUCAUUGAGAUCUUUUUCAGAGAGCUUAAUAUUUGAAUGAUUUAUCACCACAAAGAAGUAGAUUGGAGAUAUAAAAGUAUAACUGAGGACUUUUCAGGUAGUGAGAGAAUUUCAUUGAGUCUUUUGCCAAUGAUUAACAUUGUUUCUGUAAAGCAUGCUGAUUUUCUCUAAUUUCCCAAAACCUUUAUAUACUUGUUCCACUGUCUUUGAAUAUGGUUAAAUUUUCUCUAUUUUUGCCCAUAAAAUUUUUGCCAUUUAAGUUUCACUCCUUGAAAGGAAUUUGUUCAGCUUACAAGUUCUUGGCUGUCCACUUAGUUUUGUUUCCAUUAUCUUUAAUUUUUUGACCAUUGGUCACUGACAUUCCCCAUCUGUGUUCCUGUUUGAUAUUUUCACCACCUGUUUUCCUGACAUGAUCUAUUGCUAUAAUUGAUCGUAAUUGUUCUAAUUUUUUCAGCCCUGGCCUCCUGCGACUUAUUGCAAAUGAGCAAUGACUUAUUUCCAUGAGCAUUGCCACCAGUGAUCCACUGUAGUAUGUUGUGUAACACUUACUGUAAUUAAACAAAAUGUUCUCAA